AUGGCCACCGCUGGCCAGUUCGGCGAGAUACCAUUGGAAUGCACCUACUGGACUCCCGUCGAAGCAGGUGUAGUGCCUCCGGGGUCUGUCUACCCGCCCCCUCCGGAGUUCAUUGGGGUGUUCAUGGCUCCGCCGGUCCCCAUCCUUGAAAUUCCAGACCCGCUGGCUCCGUACGCCGUCGAUGCGGCUGCGAGCGCAGCCCGUCUUCAGAAGCUCCUCCGGCUUCCACCAUCGUACCCGUGGACUCCCGGUCCCACGCUUCCCACGGAUGACGUGCCAUAUGCCCGCGGGUUAGGCUACACGACACCGCCGCUCCCUUUGUGGAUAAAACCAGGCUUUGUCUACGGCCCCGCCCCGAACCUGUACGUGCCCCGUCCAGCCCUGGAGCCAAUCAUCCCUGGCAGCCCAAUGGUGCCUUUUGGAACCCCUCCUUGGCACCCGCUACCCCAGGUGCAACGUCGCGCGCCACAGCUCCGCCACGGAAGCGGAAACAGGAGCGGUCCAGCGCCUCCACCGCCAGGUGGGCGACGUAACCGAGACUCGCCGGGCCAGCGGGCUCAGUCCGUACCCAGCGAGAUAGCCGAGCAGCCAGCCGGCCCCAGUGACUACCGCGAGUUUUCGCCAGACGUUUCUGCUGAGCCGGAUUCCGACAUUGCCGACCAGCUUUUGCUGAAGAAAAAAGAGGCUGCCUCGAAGGCCGAACCGACCAACGAAGCAGCUCGGAAAGCUGAACCGAAAAAAGAGGCUGCCUCGAAGGCCGAACCGACCAACGAAGCAGCUCGGAAAGCUGAACCGACAAAAGAGGCGGAUGUGAAGGCAGACCCCGGCACGAGCGUGGCCAGAAACGAUACGCCCCCAGGCGACCCCAGUCUACGCCAGAAGAUCAUCCGCGUCUACAGCGCCGCAACUCUGAAGAGCCUGAACAUCGGAGGACGGGGACAUGGCUCACCGACUGCCAGUGGCGUAACGGGCAAGCCAACACUGUCAGAGCCACGCAUCGAGUACUGCUGGCCAGAUGAGACACCUUCCAAGGAAAAGCAGGAGCCGCCGGUGGCGCCACCUUACCGGCGCCAGGCCAGGUACAGCGCUCCCGCAAAGCCGAGCUUGCCACCGCGGGCCAAGUCAAGCCUGCAGAACGGCAGCAAGCAGGGCCCGCCGCGUGACCGUGGUCCGCGACGACGCAGCUCGGUGACUGCCUGGUGA